CCAUAGAACAGAGAACAGACCCUACAGUCACAGAGUUACAUUUAGCUAAAGACAAGCAGCAUUUCGUCACUCUCCAUUAAACCCUCUUUAUCUCUUUUUUCUCUCUGUCUUUGUCUAUGUGCAAUCUUGUACCUCUCACUCUCAGUAACCAAGAAGUAAAACAAAGAUCUGCUUCAUCGUCAUCCAAUGGUCAAUAGUUUCAUGGCCCAAAUACAGUGACAAAAUAGCAAAAAAUAGAAGGUAAAAAAAUGGAAUCAGAAAGACCCUAUCGCACUACAAGCACCAAUAGUAGCAGCAAUAGUAGCACCACAAGCGAGCUCUUCAUUUGCUUCACUUCACGACUCUCUUCUUCUUCUUCCAUGAAGCUCUCCUCCAAAUCUAUUCUCAGUCCAGGCCGUACUAGAGAACCAUCUCAAAUCUCUCUCUCCUCCUCUCUAAGCCGAAGACUAAGAAGCAACGGUAGCAUGAAGGGAGGCCAAGCCUCGCCAAUGUUCCCAACUGGGGCUAAGAAAAGAGGCUGUGCUUUUGAAAACCCAGAGCCCUCUUCACCCAAAGUCACCUGUAUUGGCCAGGUGAGAGUCAAAACCAAGAAGCAAGGGAAAAAGUUGAGAACUAGAUCGAAAAGAAGAGGGGAAGCGAGCUUUCGAAGAGUGGAGCAGCAAAAUACAAGUCUUAAUGUUACACAACAAGAGGUUAACGUUCAGAAUAAUAGUCAGUUUCAAAGCCAACAGCUUUUACAACAACAACAACAACAGCAGCAGCAGCAGCAUGAGUGUUCGCCGCAUAGGAAUCAAAGGUGGGUGCAUUUACCAGUGACAAUAUGUGAAGGUUUGAGGGCUUUUGGUGCUGAGUUUAAUUGUUUCCUGCCGUGUCGGUCUUCGUGUAUGAGGGAAAAGGAAGAGAAAGCUGAGAGAUCGGAGGGUGGUGGAAAUGGGAGUUCUUGUGGAGCGGUGUUUGCGAGGUGGUUGGUGGCGAUGCAAGAAAAUGAAGGGAAAGGUGGGAGGGAGAUAGAGUUGGUGGUGGGAGAAGAAGAAAGCGAGACAGAGAGUGUGAGGAGAAAGAGUAGGAGGGAGAUUUUUGAAGGUAUUGAGAUUAAGGAAGAGAGGAUUGAGGAGGAAGACCAAGAGGAAGGGAGAGUUAGUAUUUGUGUUCCGCCCAAGAAUGCUUUGUUGCUCAUGAGGUGUAGAUCUGACCCUGUUAAAAUGGCGGCUCUGGCUAAUCGGUUUUGGGAGUCUCCGGUUCAUGACGAAGAUGAAGAUAAAGAUGAGGAUAAUGAAAAUGUGGAACACGAAGAAGGAGAAGAACAACAACAACAACAACAACAAUAUAGGGAUUUGGAAGAAAGGCAAAGUAAAGUUGAGGUGGAUGAGGUUUCUGAUAGUCAAGAGCAUGGAUACCCAGAAGAAAAGGCAAACUUGGUUUUAGAAGAAGAAGCAGCAGAAAAAAUAGUAGUGGAAGAAAACCCAGAGCUUCAACAGCACCCAGAAGAGCAAGAAAACCAUGAAGAAGAAAAAUUACAAGUAAAAGAAGAGUUGUUUGAGGAGGUGAACCAGCCAGUACCAGAACCAGAACUAAAACAAGAACCAGAGGCUCUUGUAGAUCCCGAGGUUUUUGAACAUAAUGUAGUACUUCAAGAAAUUGAGGAUGUACAAGAAAAUGAAGCAGAGGCAGAAGAUGAAGAAGAAGAUGAAGAAGAAGCAAGCUUUUCCUCUUCUACUUUAGUUUCCAUACAUUCCGAGCAAGAAUCAGAAGCACAAGCACUAGAAGAAGAAGAAGAAGAAGAAGAAGAAGAGGAAGAAGCAAGGGUUGAGGCUUUAGACGAGGAUGAAGAUAAAGAAGAGUCACUGUCUGGGACGCCUUGGGAAGACGAAGAGACAGUGACCCAUGAAAGAUUCGAACCCCAAGAAAAAGAAGAAGAAGAAGACGACCCGAAUACCCACGAGAAGGAGCCGGGUAUAGAAGAGUCAAAGUUCCGAGAAAGUCAACAACGAAAGCCUGAGAGAGAAAGAGAAAGCUCAGUGUUACCAGACUGCUUGCUUCUAAUGAUGUGUGAGCCAAAGCUUUCCAUGGAGGUAUCCAAAGAAACCUGGGUUUGCAGUACCGACUUCAUCCGAUGGCUCCCAGAGAGACCCAUCAAGAAAACCAACGGCGGAGAUGGAAAAGACCCCAAAAAAAGAGUGAUCAGCGCCGCCACCGAGGACAACUCUAAAAAUCCUGCGCCACCUACGCACACGGCGGCGCCGCACCACUUGCUACUUCAGCCGCCGCGUUCUUCGUGUUCAUUUCCAGCUGCGGUGGCGGCUCCGGGAGCAGGAGUGUCGAUGGCGACUAUGAUAGAGCAGAAGCUGGUGGGGGCAAAGGGGUACGAGCCGUUUGUGUUGACACGCUGUAAGUCGGAGCCGAUGAGGUCUUCGGCUAAGUUGAUGCCGGAGCCUUGUUUUUGGAAGAAUAGGAAGCUGGAGCCGCACCGCCCGGCUACGCUUGGAGUCGGCGCGGCUGGGGUUGGGUUCUGAGCUGAGCUCUGACCAAGGUAAUUAUUAGAAUCUGGUAAAAUAAAAAGUGUGACAAAUGGUUAGUGGUUUUAGUUUUACUUUACUGUAGGGUUUGCAGGACAGGUUUAGCUUUUUACUGCUCCCGUAUGUUUGUACAUCUUUGUUUAUUGAUUUCCAAGCAAUUAUUAUUAUUAUUAUUUUUUUCCCUUUAA